AGCUCGGCGAAAAACAUAAAAAAAGAAUAGUGAGCUCGGUUUGGACUAAAGCGCUUCAAGCACCGAUUCAGAAUCAGUUUAACGUCAACGUCGGUGGCAUCAAGACAAUAUAUGUACACACAACAACACCAGCCGCAUCAUAUCAAAAAAUUUGAAAAAAUACAACAAACACAAGUACAACAAACAGAGGCGGAGAACCUGAAAGCGAAAACUAACCGCAACAUUUUUGGCAGCGUUCAAGGAACGAGAACGGAAACGAUAGCGAAAUAUCGAGAUUAGUGUCAGCGAGUGCAAAGACGCGAGUGAACGCGGAACGAAGCGAAGCAAAGCGUAACACCGCGGAAAAAAGCGGAAAGCGCUGCGUAACGGGAUCAGACUUAGUGUUUUUGUUUUUGUGCCAUAACCUUUGUGUGAGAGUGUCAAGAAGAGCAAGGCUCAGAAUAAAAUCACAGUUCAGGAAAAAUCAAAGGAAACGAAUGUUGCCUAAUUUUAGAAAGAAAUGAGAUGCAGGACCGUCUUGCCGAGGUGAAAUCGUGUGCGUGUGAGUGAGGAAGUGUUCGUCGGUUCGUGGCAGAGUCUUAGCGUGUUUGUGAGUGCCCCAAUUGCCUCUGCUCCGCCAUCCACCACCCACAAUUCCAUCCAGCCGCGGAUUCUACGUGCCAUUGUGGAUCAUCUGGAUCUUUAGCGCAAAUUGAGAUUUCUCUCACCGCCUCACUUAAGCCGAGCCGAUCUGAAAAGAGAACCCAGGCCGUAGGGAAAGAGGAGAGGACGGAGAUAGAAAGAAGGGGAAACGGAAAAUAAGCGAAUAGCGACGAACAGAAGAGAAAGGUGCGGGAGCCGUAAGAAGCGCGAAAGGAAAAGGCAAAGGAAAGGAAAGGAAAGGAAAGGAAAGGAAGGAGAGGAAAGGAAAGAAAAGAAAAGAAAAGAAAAGAAAAGAAAAGAAAAGAGAAAAUCAACACCAUUGAAGUGCGGAUUGAGAUUAAGAUUCAGAUUGGGCUUCGGCUUCAUACAACGGCGCAUCGCAGUUUACGAGUGUCCAUCACCACUACAACACCGUGCAGCAAUGGAAGACUAUUGGGGUCUUAGCAGCACUACGGACAUAAAUUGCACUCAGCCCGCCAUCGAUGACUUCCCCAGAGACCUGUUCUCGGAGGCGCAAAGACAGUCCGGUGCUGUUGUACUUCAUGUUAUAGCCAGUUUAUAUUUAUUUGUAGCCUUAGCCGUAGUGUGUGAUGAGUACUUUGUGCCAGCAGUUGAGAAAAUAUGUGCAGCACUCAACAUGUCCAAUGAUGUGGCGGGUGCCACAUUCAUGGCCGCGGCCACCUCCGCCCCAGAGCUAUUUGUCAACGUGAUAGGAACCUUUAUCACGGAAGGCGACAUCGGAGUGGGCACGAUUGUCGGAUCGGCGGUAUUUAACAUCCUGGCAGUGGCCGCGUGCUGCGGAAUCGGAGCUGGCAUGACAAUACCCCUGGACUGGUGGCCACUGACGCGGGACAGCAUCGCAUAUGGAGUCACAGUGGCCAUUCUCAUUUGUGUGAUGCACGACGAGCGUGUCGAGUGGUAUGAGGCCCUCAUCCUGGUCUCCCUGUAUGCCGUGUAUCUGGCGGUCAUGUAUUUCGACAAAACGUUCCAAAAGUGCGCCAAAGGUGGCGUUAAGCAGGCGCGUUCUCGCAGCCGGUCCUCCAACUGCAGCAUACAUACAAAGAACAGCAAUGAGAAGGAACCAGAGCUCGUGGAAAACCGGAUUUGCCAGAACAUGGCGAACAUACAGCUAAACGGAGGACUUAGCAAUGACCAGGCCAAGGCCACAAGCACAGCCGGAGCCAGUACCACCACCAUUUCGAUCACCACCUCGACCAUGACCACCACAUUGAGCACCACACACAGUGCCGGAGCAGGAGGUGGUGGUGGAGGAGGUGGAGCAGUUGGUGUUUCCUCAGGACCAGGUGGCAUUGCCCAGAUGGCACCAAUAGACGGGGCCGAGGCGGAAUCUCAGGUGGCCGCGGCAGCCGCUGACGAGGACCGUGAGGAGGAGGGAUACUCGCUGCUCACCUACCCGAAGGAUAAGAGCUGCUUCUCCCAAUUUACCUGGCUCAUCAUUUGGCCAAUCCAUCUGCUAUUUCGCAUCGCCAUUCCUGACUGCAAGAAGGCCAAAAACAACAAGAUCUUUCCACUGACCUUCAUCAUGUGCAUAGUUUGGAUCGGAUCGCUUUCCUAUGUAGUUGCGUGGAUGAUAACCAUAAUUGGAGACACACUUAAGAUUCCUGACUCGGUGAUGGGGAUUACGUUCCUGGCAGCUGGUACCAGUGUUCCUGAAGCGGUGUCGAGUGUUAUUGUGGCGAAGCGCGGUCACGGAUCGAUGGGGAUCUGCAACUCUAUUGGGUCAAACACCUUCGACAUCCUGUUGUGCCUGGGGGUUCCCUGGUUAAUCAAGGCAGUAUUUUUCCCAAUCCAACCGGGCCAAAACUACGUGGCCAUAAACUCCGCCGGAUUGGAGUACUCGGCGAUCACUUUGCUGUCGACACUGUUCCUGCUUUACCUUACCUUCUCCACGAACAAGUUUAAGCUGGACAAGAAGGUGGGCACAGCCUGCCUGGUGAUGUAUCUGGUCUUCAUGGUUUUCGCCUCCCUCAUCGAACUUAAUGUGUUCUUCCGCGUCAACCUGCCCACCUGCGGUCGGUCAUGAAAUGGGUCUGCAUCCAAAAGUUGUGGGAUAUACGAAGGACGACCUGCAAAGUGUGAAGUUUGGACAAGCGAUGUACCAUUUCGGAUGAAUAGAUGGAGUGAAGAGAUGACAGUCUUCUGGCGCUGGCUCCGAUUCAGAUUUCCGAUUCAGUUUUCGGCAGCUGGCUGGAACAACCCUAAGUGCAGUCGUUUAAUUAAUUAAUAUGUAUUUUCUGUUCUAUUCUAUCUACCUUGAUAGUUGAGUUACGUUAUACGUUAUGCUGUUAUUGUAAUAUUUUUUUUUUAUUAUUAUUAUUAUUAAAGUAGACUCUUUCACAACCUUCGGUUGAAGUCCAAAAGAUAAAUUCAAAUGGAUGAGAAGAAAUUAAAUGAUUUACGGAGCGGAGCAAAGGGAGAAAUGAAAACUAAAACCAAUCAAAAAAAUAAACAAUGUAUUUAUAUGAUUAAUAUAUAUGAGAUUUAACAAA